AUGACAACGUCCAAUAGUUCAUAUGAUCUUAUAAUCAUAGAUUGUGGUCCAGCUGGUAUAGCUGCUGCAUUAGAACUUCAAAAAUAUCAAUCUAUUCCUAAUUUUCUAAUUGUUGAAGCUCGUAAUCGUGUUGGUGGUCGAACUUAUACAGAUAUACAUACAUUUGAUAGUAAUCAACCAGUUGACCUUGGCGCUCGUUGGAUUCAUCAUAUUCCUCAAGCAAAAAGAAUCGUUGAAGAAUUACGUGUAAAUAUUAAAGAGUAUUCAUCAGAUAAAGUAGACACUUGUAUGUUGGAUGCUAUUCGUGAUAAAUAUGAAAAAAUUCAAGAUGAACAAAUGCGUCGUCUUGUUGAUAUGAAUCUUGCUUAUAUUGAACAUUAUGAAGCAUCUAAUCUUAAUGAACUUUCAGCUAAAUCUUAUUUAAAAUCAAAUGGUGGUAUUGAAACAUGUGAUCUUACUCUUUCUAUUGGAUUAUGUUCUUUUAUUGAACAAAUAGUCAAACGAAAUAAUCUUCCUAGUCAAUUAAAUACUAUUGUUACAAAUAUUGUUAUAGCAAUUGAUAAGAAUGAUCCUAUUCGUAUAACGACACAAGAUAAUCGUCAUUAUUUGAGUAAAUAUGUUCUAAUUACAAUUCCACUUGAUUGUUUAAAAGCAUUUUCAAUAAAGUUUAUUUCAGCAUUACCCGAUUGGAAACAAAAUGCAAUCGAUAAAAUGGGUUUUGGAUUGUUGAAUAAAAUUUUUAUUCAUUUUUUUCAAUGUCAUUCACAUGAUCAAGUGCUUACUUUAUUUGUUGGUGGUAAUUUAGCAGGUAAAUUAGAACAAGAAACUGAUGAAGAAAUUAUUGAACAAAUUUUUCAAUGUUUAAAACGAAUUUAUUCACCAAUACCAAAACCAACGAAAUGGUUAAUAACUUGA